CCCAUAAUCUCUGGACAAAGAUAUAUAAAUGCGAAUGGUCACUGUGAGAAUUAUUAGCAGUUGAAUUCGUUCAAACCAACAGCUAGCUCUCAUUCAGCCAUGAAGGUUCUUAUCCUUUUCGCUUUGUUCGCUGCCUCCCAAGCAGCCGUGCUUUUGCACGCUCCUGCUGUGAUUGGAACUGGAGGAAGCACUCAAUACAGAAGCCAGGAUAACUAUGGAAACUACAACUUUGGUUACGAUGAAGGACACUUGACUGGAGGCACCUUCCGAAAAGAAUCUGGUGAUGCCCACGGAAAUGUAGCAGGUUCCUACGGAUUGAGAGAUGCUGAUGGUCGAAUCAGAAUUGUCAACUACGUAGCUGAUGCCGCUGGUUUCCGAGCUGACAUCAAGACCAACGAACCAGGUGUUGAACCCAAAGACCCAGCUCAUGCUUCCAUCAACAAGGCUGGCGUUGUUGUAGCUCCUGCUGCUUCUGCAGUUGCCUAUGCACCAGCUCUUCCAGCUGCUGUCCCUGCCCCUGUUGCAUACGCUGCCCCAGCACCGGUUGCUUAUGCUGGUCACCAUUAUGCUGGCCACCAUUAUGCUGCUCCCCAUUAUGCUGGCCAUCAUUAUGCUGCUCCCCAUUAUGGAUUUGCUUACCAUUAUUAAGAUGUAAAAUGAGUAUUGGUUUUGAGAUUACAUGAUAUUGGUUUUGAGAUUACAUGAUAAGGUACGAAGGUGUACAAUAUUUUUAAAAUUAUCAUUAUAGCCUUCAUUUUCGAUCACAAUAUUUAUUUCCAGCUUUCGCCUGCAUCACAUCUAAGUAAUAUUUAUUAUAGACCUUCAUAUUCGCUCUAGCAAUACAAUUAUUACUCGGGCUUUUUUCUUUGCCAUAGUCAUGCAUAAACCAUAUGCCAUAAAUUCGCUUACUCUUACUACAGUCUAGCUUUUUUGGAUAAUGUGAACUUGCUUCUAGUUAGAAUAUUUUCUUCAUUAUCUUUAAUGCUCUAGGAAUUUUGAAAACAAUAUUCUUACUUUCUGCCAUUGAAUGUGCCAAGCAUAUAAAUUGCAAUGAAUAAAAUUGUUCCUACCUUAUUUGUUCUACAAUAUGUUUAAAAAGCGUUCUGUUUGUUUUAAAUGUUGAUUUGACAUUCAAAUCAAAUUUUUGUUUUCCUAUCGUCCUGAGAAAUUAGAUUUGCAUUGUUAUGCAGUUAUUUUUUCCUAUAGCUCUUUAAAUUAUCUGACUUUGUAUGUUUAUAUAUAUAUAGAUAUAUGAUGCCUGUUCUUUCAUCUUCUUUAAACUUAAUAAAUAAAAUAUUGUCACCUA